GAAUAAGAAGUGGAAGAGGCAUCGGGCAGGGUCGGAAAGAAGAAGCUCGUCAAACUUGAAAUGCAAUUUUUUAAUCUUUUUAUUAAUGAUCCCUCUCUCGAGUUUUAAGUUUUUGGAGAGAGACUAGACGACGACUACUACUACUACUACUACAAUGGCGGAGGUGUCCACCACCACCAUCACCAUUCGCGUUCCUCUACAGCCAAACAGCGUAGGAGACCAGGUUUCUGUUCCCACCUGGGACGACCUCAAUCCCCUCGAUCAUUUGCACCCUCCCAAUAUCUCCUUCCCGCCUGCGUCGUCCUCUUCCUUCAUUCACAAUUUCACUUCUUCUGGCUGUUCCGAUUCCGAUUCCGAUUCGAAUCACUUUGAUAGCGAAGACGACGAAAUGAAUUUUGUCACCGACCUUUUCGGGUCCCGCGAAGAGGGGGAGUUCGGCCACGAGUCGGUUUCCGACCCCUUUCUCGAUGCCAUGGACCAAGGUUUGGAUUUUAGGGUUUUUGCUGAAGCUGCUGUAUUCGAUUCGGUUUACGUGCCAGAGGUAGGGUUUGGGUCGAGAGUCUCGGAUUCGACUAGGGAGUCUGACGGCGGCCUUCGAGUUGUUGGAAUCGAUUCGGACUCGGAUUCGGAGGAUGUUGUUCAGGAUGUUGAAUACGAAAUUCGAGAUUCCGGGACAGGGCCGCCGUUUGGCGAUCCCGAUAUUCCCAUGUUUUGGGAUUGUCUUGGAUUCGAGGAGCAAGGGGCUGGGAGUGAGGAAUUGGAGUGGGAGGAGGUUGACGGGAGGGAGGGUUUGAGCUCGGUUAUUGAUCGCAUUGAAGAACUAUCUGUGGGUUCUGAAAUUUCUAGCCAUGAAGAGAUUGAAGAGGCCGUGAGGAAUUUGGAAUGGGAAGUGCUUUUGGCUGUCAAUAAUUUGGACAGAGCCCCUGAAUUCGAAAAUGAUGGUGAUGGCGGGGCUUCUUAUUUAGCUGUUCGGGAUGAUUAUGUUUAUGCGGCUGAAUAUGACAAUUUCUUCGGGCAAUUCGCUGAGAAUGAGACUGCUUUGAAGGGCAGCCCUCCGGCUGCCAAGUCUGUCGUGGAAAAUCUUCCUUGUGUGGUGGUUACCAAGGAAGAGUUGCAAGAACAUGACUUGGCGUGCGCAGUUUGUAAGGAUGAGAUUAUGGAGGAGGAGAAAGUGACAAAGCUUCCUUGCUGCCAUCAUUACCAUGGUGACUGCAUUGUCCCAUGGCUGAGUAUUCGAAAUACUUGCCCUGUUUGUCGGUAUGAAUUGCCCACUGAUGAUCUGGACUAUGAGCACGGGAGGGCCCAAAGGGGUAGUCUUGGCCUGCCACAUGAUUUGCAGGUUCUGGAGUUCAUCUAUAGGGUUGUUGAAGACCAGCAGCAUAUUGGUGUCUAACAAGCAUGUCUUCCUCCCAAAAGAUGUGCUUCAGAAUUUCUUCAAUUGCCUCCGAACCCUGGUGUCUGAUGAGUCAUGAGACCACUAUGGUCUUUGAUGGUACAAUAUCAAAGAAGGCAAGGGAUGUGAAUUCAUGGGAAGGUGUUGUAGGGGAAGUUCCUGUCAAUAACCAUGCAGCUUUAAAAGUGAAUUUGGAGGCUACCAGUUGUGGGGAUCUCAAUGUAUUAAAGUCCAGGUCUUCAUUUCUUUAACUUGUUGAAGCUUUAGGAGCAGUUGCGUUAUUUAUUCCAUGCUAGUUGCCGUGUAUCAAUUGUAGAAAUACUUUAGGGGUGUGGAGAAUGGCUUGUCAACAAUAAAUGGUAAAAUCUUACCCCUGCAGCCAAUUAAAUGUUCUAUAAUUUGCGUACAGUUGUAUCUGAAGGCAAUUUGGAAAUUUGUCAAUGUUCUUCUGAUUUCUUAA